AUGGCGAAUGAAAACUGUCAACCACAGCCUACGAGGCCUCGAAAGCGACGGAGAGGGGCUGGUAUCGAUGAGAUAGACAACGCAUCUGGAACGGUCACUGAGCCUAUAAGACGAGCGUCGAGAGCUUGUGACCAAUGUCGACUGCAGAAGAAACGAUGUGAUUCAGGCCAUCCCUGCGACGCAUGCGCAAAGACAUCACUCGACUGCCGUUACGGCCAACAGAGCAAGAAGCGUGGGUUUGCUACAGGGUACGUGCACAUAGUCGAAGCACUGUGGGCUCUGGUAUUCAAAGCGGUACCCGGUAGUCAAGAGGCUACUCUACGGUUGUUGCAACGUUCAAAUAUUGGAUAUGACGAUGAAGGAAAAGCCAGCCUCUUCAAUUUGCAGUUUGACGCGGUCGAUUCGUCCCGAAAGGCAUGGUUGAGCAGUUCAAUCAGACAUGAAAUCGACAAGCUAGUGUCUAAUCUCGAGGACACUACUGGUGAUGCUCUGAAAGAUCGCCUACAGCCUGAGACUGGGAAGGAGGGAAAACCAUCUGCGCCUCUGGGAACAAAUUUCAGUCCGUGGUCAAUCCCGGCGGACGGCCUGGAGGAUAGAAGAAGCUCUAAACGCAGCCGCAAGUGUCUGGAUAUGGCAAACAUCAACUCCAGAGCUCGCAGUGGAACUGCUAUGCCACUCACUGCUCUUGGCGACAUCCACGAACCACUUCCUCCCGACGCCUGGAAACUCAUCGAGACGUACUUCAAGUUCAGUCACUCUUGGUUACCAAUUACACAGAAACACAGCAUAGUUCGCACGCUGACAGAAGUUCAAGAUGGGGUGGCACACAGCUCACGUCGAAUGGGACUUCUCUGGGCUGUGCUUGCGACCGCUUCCAUGCAACACCAUCAACAACAACCCGCUCGGGAGCAGGAGCAUCCGUCGAUAUCAGAGAUUUACUACAACGAGGCUAUCAAGAGCAUCCCAGGACGAUCAUCGAGUCUAGAUCCAGACCAUGUAAAGGCGCUCGUUCAGCUGGCAGUGCUAGACAUCGCCAGGAGGCGAUGGGACGCGGCAUUCCUCAUCCUCCGCCGUGCGAUCCGCGCGAUACUCCACUUCCUGAGGGUAUACCAGGAUCGGCCAGGAGAUAACCCGGUCGAUUCGGCUUUCCUCCGAACAGUUCUCGCAGCUUUUUCCAUGGACACACUUCUUGCGGCCCGAUCAGGCACAAUACCCCAGCUUCGGUCCCAAGAGGUGCGCUUGGCUUUACAAUAUGAUGAAAACGAGGCCGACGAGUGGGAACUGUGCUCGUCAAGCCAUGGGGACUCUGGUGCAAACAUCCAGGGACAUGCAGCAAGCUCAGAAAGGCCCCUCAGAACACUCAGCAUCUUCAAACACUAUGUCAAGCUCCUUUUCAUUUUGAACGAGUCUGUCUGUGACCUUUGUCCUUUCAAAGACGACCAGGCAAAACUCCGCGACUCCCUGGACAAACUUGGUUCUUGGAAAUCUCACCUUCCAAGACAUUGCCGGCAAUGCCAGGCUCCUGUCGUCGGGGACAAUGGGCAGCAGCAGCAGCAGCAGCAUGUCUUGCCCGCUGUUGCUAAUCUACAUCUGACCGCCGAAGCUGUGUCUCUGUUUGUCCGUGGGAGGCAGUACGCAUACGCCGCGGGAAUUCCAUGCGAAUUCAGCAGACUUGAAAGCUUCACGGAGAGCGGCUCUAUGGUGAGGUCGACGUAUCAAAGGGUAUUUGGGGCGGUAGCGUGGAGCGGCGUCCUGGACUUCCACGAAUACUCCAGUCGUCUCCGGUGUAAAGCCGUCAAUACGCAAAUGUCCACGGCGUCGGUAUCUGAUGUAUUCGGUUACCCUGACGUAAGGGACACGACAUCUUACGACUGUUCAGGCAUUGAGAUUUUCAAUGUUGAUCCUGGCCCAGAGUAUACGCUGACGAAUAUUGAGGCCGUACCGCCAGGACAAUGUCCUGUAACUGGCGGUCUUUUCCUCAGCGUCCUCGACGAUAUAAUGACAGAUCAGAACCCACAAGAUUCCGAUUUGGCAUCGACUGAAUUGCGGAUGCCAGAGCUGCAUAUGUCAGCAGGAUCGUUCUUCGCAUCAUUUGACAUACCACAAUCCGACGCCGGACGGGCCCAUUCGUGCCGCGAGAAUCCUAGGGCUGAGAGCAUCAGCGAUGAUACGUCAAUCACCGCCUUGUUGGACGAGCUCUCUGAAACGCAGAACAAGUUCGACUGGAUGGAAAACGAAGUCCCAAGUAUGUCUGCGUACAAUCCUGACUUCAUGCAGGGAGAUCCAAUCACUUGA